GCCGCAGUUCGUUAACGCGAUAUGACGGACGCCGUGGGGCCGCUGUGCAAUGCCAGCGUGAGUCCUGUGCUCAGGCCGGAGGCACGCAUCUCGAACAACGGCGAUCUGCAGUUCUUGGGCUGGAACGUGCCGCCGGAUCAGAUACAGUACAUACCGGAGCACUGGCUGACCCAGCUGGAGCCACCAGCCUCAAUGCACUACAUGCUCGGCAUUUUUUAUAUAUUUCUGUUUUGCGCCUCGACCGUGGGCAACGGCAUGGUCAUCUGGAUCUUUUCGACAUCUAAAUCGCUGCGCACACCCUCCAAUAUGUUUGUGCUUAACCUGGCCGUCUUCGACUUUAUAAUGUGCCUUAAAGCGCCCAUCUUCAUCUACAACAGUUUCCAUCGAGGCUUCGCUUUGGGCAACACUGGCUGCCAGAUCUUUGCUGCCAUCGGCUCCUAUUCGGGCAUUGGUGCCGGAAUGACCAAUGCGGCUAUUGGCUACGAUCGCUUCAAUGUCAUCACGAAGCCCAUGAAUCGCAAUAUGACCUUCACCAAGGCGAUUGUGAUGAACAUAAUCAUCUGGCUCUAUUGCACUCCAUGGGUCGUUCUACCGCUCACCCAGUUCUGGGAUCGGUUCGUGCCGGAGGGUUAUCUGACAUCCUGCACCUUUGAUUACCUAACGGAUAACUUUGAUACGCGCCUAUUUGUAGGCACCAUCUUCGUCUUCAGCUUUGUGUGUCCCACUUUGUUGAUAAUCUACUACUACAGCCAGAUAGUUGGACAUGUUUUCAGCCAUGAGCAGGCACUGCGCGACCAGGCCAAGAAGAUGAACGUGGAGUCGCUGCGCUCCAAUGUGGACAAGAGCAAGGAUACGGCUGAGAUACGCAUUGCAAAGGCAGCCAUUACCAUAUGCUUUCUAUUCUUCGUGUCCUGGACGCCGUACGGUGUGAUGUCGCUCAUCGGAGCGUUCGGCGAUAAAAGCCUGCUAACACCUGGAGCCACUAUGAUACCAGCCUGCACCUGCAAGCUGGUGGCCUGCAUAGACCCAUUUGUGUAUGCCAUCAGCCAUCCGAGGUACCGCAUGGAAUUGCAGAGGCGUUGCCCCUGGCUGGCCAUCAAUGAGAAGGCGCCCGAGGCCAGCUCGGCGGCAUCAACAACGACCCAGGAGCAACAGCAAACAACUGCAGCUUAAGCUCAGCUGCGAGGACAACAAAGGACUCUCGAUUUCGGACAACGCUGACAACGACCCAAACGACCCUGAAACUGAUCUUCGCCUGAUACUUGAUCUCAGCUAAAGCUGUCUGAAUGCGUAAUAUGUAUGCAAUUGUUUUACUAUAACAAACCAAAUAUUUGUAGUGCGCUAUAUAAGAAAUCUAAAUGUAUAAACUUAAUGCAAAGUUCCGAAAAGAACACUACAAAAAGAACAAAAAAAUUAAAAGAAAACAUAAGAAAUAAAUUCUCUGCCCGGGAAGCUGCGGCAAGCAAAUCGCA